CGGAAAACUGUCCUUAUCGGAGCAUCAACGUAUAUACACACACGUACACGCGUACGUGAAAUCGAAUUUGAAAAACUGGAAAAGGACGUUCGAUCAUGGUGAAUGGUGUUCCGUUUACGACAAACGUUCUGCAUUAAUUCCGCGUUAAUGUGGUUGACGUGCGAAACGGCGGUGCAAGUUAAUCGGUAACAAAGCUGGUGGUUGUUUUGAGCCUAGAGUGUUACCCGAUUAGAAUGGUUGCAAGUGUCGCGCGCAUCGCUGGCAACCCGUAGUGUUGUGCCAAAAUAAAUCGGCGUUAGCUGUUCCUCGCUGGGAACUGCCAGUGAACGAAUGUGCCUCACCGUUCGGAUUCGUUUGGAAACGGCGGGACGAGCUAUGCGGAAUCGCGAUUACCCGCUCUUUUGUCUCGAGGACUAUGGGUGUCAUAGCCGCCCGUUGAUGUGUAUCCCGGUAUUUUAAAAGCAAUCGGCUUCGCUGAGCGGAAGUGUUUCUUCGCUUGGCUAUCAUCGUUGCCUACCCCCGUGGAUUUCGAUCUCCUGACCCGCCUGAAUUACACACCUGAAAACGGGCCAGCGGCACGCAAUUCUCCUUCGUGUUUUCAACAACCUUAUCCGCCCUGACGUGAUUCGCCCGGUUUGCCCGCCACAGGACGGGUUAUGUUUCCCACUUUCAUCGGAAUUCUAGACAUUCAAUCGUGGUGGGAGGUGCCAAGUAUAGCACACUUCUGUUCAUUAUUUAGGGCUGCCUUCGAUCUUCUGGACUUUGAUAUUGAGGACUUGGAAGAAGCUUUAUUAACGGAUGGAGGAACGGAGGGACGUUUAGUACAGGAGUUGAUAGUCAGGUUACUCGAAGGUUGUUUACCUAACGACACUCGCAAUGACAUCUCCACUUUUAACUAUCAGAUGUUUUUACGUAGAUUGUUUCGUAAGAAAUGCCAGGAAUACAAAUGUGAGAAUCCUUUUAAUACAGAUGUAGAUUUCGAAUUGUUGCCUCUUCGUCAAAAAGUAGAAAUACUACGGGCUCUCUGCGACUUCAGGCUCGACGCUGAAGACGUGGAGCAAUCAUUGAGUAAUUUGGACUCGGAUAGUCUGCGGGUCGAACCUUUAGGACAUGAUCGUAAGAAUUCUGCCUAUUGGUACUUUUACGGCACUCGAUUAUAUAGGGAGGAUUACAUCGAUACUUCUGAUAGCAUCUCACAUAAACAGAAAAGUAAACCUAGGGAUAAAAAGCGCAAAAGACGACGAAGCAGAGUGGUUAAGGAGGAAGAGGAAGAGGAGGAGAAGAAGGAGGACAGUAGUUUAAUACACGAGGAAGGGAAGGAAAGUGUUUGGCAAGUUGUCUGCUUCACUCAGCAGGACUGGAGUCGUUUAGUUGAGAAAUUUCGUAAUUCGGAGUACGAUACCGAACGUAAACUCUACCGUACUUUAUCCGAGGAUUUCAUGCCGGAAAUUCCGAAGCUUUUUGAUUUGAAAGAGAAGCAGCAACGGCGCAAGUUAUUGCAACGUAACAGUUCACGAGUUCUUCGAAGUCACGAGCCCGCAACACAGAUGGAAACAGUCAUGGUUAGAUCUAAGAUCAAAACUAAAACAAACAAAGGGAGUAAAAAGGGGGCUCAGAACUCGAAGAAUGUUUACGUUAAAGAGGAAACAUCUCCGCCGUUGUCUUCGCCGCCCGUUCAGAAAAAAGGACGGCAGACUAAUAAUUCAUUGGCUUCUGCUGUUGGUCAAAUCGUGAUCCAUACCAGAGACGAAGUGGAAGUGUUAGAAAAAAAGAAAGGUGUUGGAAGUAAUAGUGACGGGAAUUAUGUGUCUUCUAAUUAUGGGUAUAAAUUCGGUUAUUCGUUUGGGAUCGAGGAGGAAGAACGUCGCGUUGGGAUGCAUAAGGUUCUUGAAAGUCUCAAGGAUCACGUCGACGCCUGGCCGUUUGUUGAUCCCGUGGAUGAAGAGUAUGCGCCAAGAUACUAUAGCGUGGUACGGAAACCUAUGGAUCUUAGUACAAUGGAGGAAAAGCUCGACGGUGGUUUAUACAAGAAUUUAAAUGAUUUUAAACGUGAUUUUUGUCUUAUAGUGGAUAAUUGUAGGCAAUACAAUGGCUCUGAUAAUGAGUACACAGAAAUGGCAGUUAAUCUUAAAGAAGCAUUCGAUAAAGCCGUAAAUCGGUAUUUAGAAUCGGAAACAUCCAGUGACGAGGAUGCUUCGUCGCCAAAACCAUUCGUCGCUACGCCCACUUCUCCGUCGUGUCCUUCCCGAGUUUCAUCGCCGCAUCAAAACCGUAAGCGUUCGAAGAAAUCCACAAAAAAGUCUAAAUCGUAUAAAUCGGAAAGUAAAGGAAAGUCCAAAGCAAACGAUAAAAAUGACGAGGAGGAGAAACGGGGGAAAAAUUAUAAACUUCCAAAGAAGAAAAGGGGUAAGAAAAAGAGUAAAAGAGUGAAGGGCGAGGAAUCUGUAAACGAGGAGGAGCAAGAGGAGCAAGAAAGCGAGGACGCCAUGUCCGAGUCGAGUAUCGUAACGUCGAAAAGAAGGAAACACAUUGACGCGAACAAUUUAUUGUUGAAAACCAAAAAGCUGUCGCCCAAAGAAUCCGAAGAGCUGAAGAAAAUGAACAAAAAGAUUAGCAAGGAACGUCAUAAGCAGAAAAAGGAAGCGGAUAGCGUGCGACCUAUAAAAGAAUCAAAAGAGAAUAAGAAGCGGAAAGAGGACUUUGAGGAAGAUUACGAGCCCCUAGUCAUCGCGAAAAGUAAAAGUAGAAAAAUUGAGAAGAAAGAACUCGAGGAGACCGAGAUAUUUACGAAUAAUAGCAAGAAGAGUAAAGCGAAAAAGGUCGAGUCUAACGAGGAUGAGGUAGACGCGUUAGAAGAAACGGACAAGACUCAGCAUAUCAAAGUAAAGAAAAGUCGGAAAAAAGAGAAGGGAGCUUCGAAGCCCGAGGAAAAGUAUGAGAAGAGUCGAGCAAAGGACAAAGAGAAAAAAUCAAAAUCGAAAAUUGAUGAACCGAAAAACGGGGAGAUAUCGAGCGAAAUAGAUUCCAAAGACUUAGAUCUAGAAAGCGAUUUAGAUUCAAAAGAAACCAAUACGUCUAAGAAAAUUACCGCAUUUAUAGGUGAUAAGGAUAUAGAAUCCUUGGACGGUUUAAAGGAUAAGAUUAGCGAGAGGCGACGGGAAGAGAAGCUGAAGAAUGAGAAAGAGAAACAGAAGAAACCAGCGAAAAGCGAUCUUCACAAUGUGUAUUCAAAAAAAGUGCCUUCAAACGGUAGUACCUUUCAAGACAGCGAUAAAGCCGCGGCGAGACGACCAAAGUUAAAAAAGGGAAUGAAAGAAGAAAAAGUUCCUACCACGGAAGAUGCGUUGAAAAUCCAAGACCAAGAAGUAACCGAAACAAAGAAAGUAAAAGUGGCUCAGACCAAGCAUACCAAAGGAUUUGGAAAGGAAGAAAGCUCGAUACAAGCAUUGAAUCAGGCAACGGAGCAAACACUCCAUGAUAUCAACAAAUGGCUAGAUGACGCACCAAAGCUUUCUGAAUUUUCUUCCGGGAGCGACUCUCCGAUAUUUCAUUCUUCCGUUGAAUCUGCUCGGUCAGGACCAAAGGUAGAAGCGCCAAGAAAACGACCAAGUUCUAUUAAGAUCUUUGGCCCUCACGGACCCAGCAGACCAAAAAAGAUACAACGUACGAUCGAUCGUUUACAGCCCGGUAAAAGUAAGGGGAAUUUGCUUUUAAAGAAGCCGCUCAACUUACCGAACGUUAACGUAAACGAGACGGCUGUUCACCAGCUGGCUAGCGACAAUGAUCAGGCGAACAAAAUCGCCGACGAGGAACCAAAACUUAGCUUAGGGACUGUUUUAAAAAAUGUGGAUUCCAUUCAGUUGAUUUGCAAGAGCUUAGUCUCCUCGCCGAAUCCAAACUUUUCGAACGACGACGAGGAAGAGGAUCACAACGCUGUUCCCGCGGUUCCGGUUGCCAGCUCGAAGGAGGACAAAUCAUCGAGCGGAAAAACAAGGGCGCAGAUACCAACGGUGGCGGAAGAAUCUAAAGAUAGCCAGUCGAGCGUGAAAGAGACUCAAAAGCCUAAAGCUGCGACGCCAAAUUUGAGCGCCUGGUUCAAGGCGUUCGGUGCGCCGAAAUCGAAGAAGAAGGACGAAGAAUCGGAGGACGGCGCGGCGAAGAAAGACGGGGAAUUGCAGGAAGUGUUCUGUGGCAGACAGAGACGAAUGAGCACCGGCGGUAGUAGCGUGAGCGAAUCGGUUUCCAGCUUCUCUCAAGAAUCACCGCCCGGUCGCGCGGGUCGUUCUCCGCAGGGACAACCUGUGAUGGCCUCGGUCGAGCCGCAAAUAAGAGGAGCUGGUUUCUAUCAGGAUGCGCUGUCGACGGGAAGCAGUCCGUACAAUAGUCCUUAUUACGCUACGCCCCCGAGAUACAGCGCUCAAUUGCCACCUACUCCGUCACCGCAAAAUCAUCCACUGUCACCGGCGUAUCCGUCGUCCUCUUACGAACAACCACCCCUUUACUCCCAAAUACCGGCUCAGCAGUCCCAUCCAACGUUUCAGAAGUCUCCUCAGGAGAGUUCCGGGGAAGUCUAUCACCAAUUAUCGCCCACGUUUCCCCAGCGUUCUCCGCAGCCGAAUUUCCCUCAAAAUUCGACGCCGAGCGAAACAUACAAUCAGCAAUUGCCAGCGACCGCCGCUCAGAAUCCAUCACCGGUCUAUUCCCAGCACUCGCCGCAACCGAUCCAACAGGUGUAUCCUCAGCCAUCCCCGCAGCCGCCACCCUCGAACUAUUCGCAGCCAUCGCCGCAGCAACCACCCACCCCGAAAUAUUCGCAACCGUCGCCACAGCAGAACGCCGCCAAUUAUUCCCAGCCCUCUCCUCAGGCAUCAAACUCAAACUAUUCUCAAGCUUCGCCUCAGCAACCCCACUCACCGUACUCUCAGCCGUCUCCUCAGGCACCGCCCACCUAUUCCGAACCAUCUCCGCAGCAACAACAUUCUCCUUACGCCCAAUCUCCGCAGCAAUCGUCCAGUUAUUCUCAGCUGUCCCCGCAGCCACCGUCGACCUACUCUCAGCCGUCUCCACAACCACCAACCGUUUUCCCGCAACAAUCUCAGCCUUCUAACUUCUCCCAACCGUCUCCACAGACGCAUUCCGCGGGCUACUCACAGCCAUCGCCUCAGCCUAUCACCGCGUACUCGCAACCCUCGCCCCAGCCUCGAAAUUAUUCCCAGCCGUCACCUCAGCGGCAAAUUCACAGCUGUUUCCCGCAGCCAUCCCCGCCGGGACCAUCCAUAUUCGUUCGACGUUCGCCGCAGAACGUUUCAUACUCCCAACCGUCGCCGCAGCCACCCGUCAAAUAUUCCGAGCCAUCUCCUCAGCAGUCCGUCGCGAAUUACUCCCACUCGAUACACUCGCCUCAGACGCCACAGAACUACUCGCAACUGUCACCCCAACAAGCGCCAGCCAGCAACUAUUCCCAACCAUCGCCGACGCCUCAGCAGUCGCGCAACUAUUCCCAACCGUCGCCGUCGCCACAGCAAUCGCGCAACUAUUCCCAGCCGUCGCCGUCGCCGCAGCAAUCGCGCAACUACUCUCAACCGUCGCCGCAACAGAAAUCCGUCUGCACUACCUCGCAACCAUCGCAACAACCCACGAGCUACUCGCAGCCAUCCCCUCAACAGAGUACAAACUACACGCAUCAAUCGCAGCCGUCUUCUAAGGCCGUGACGGAGGAUUGUCCGCAGAGCACGGCCACGGUAGCAACCGCAACAGCAACCGCAGCCGCAGCCGCAGCCGCAGCCGCAGCCGUAGCUCCUCCCGCGGCUUCGAGUUACGCUCAAGGGUUCAAGCAGAAUCAUUCUUACAUCCAGUCCCCGGCGCCGCCACCGCCGCCGUCGUCCUCCGUCAUCGAAACGGAGCAUCGAACCGAGUAUCUCAAGGCCACCGGGACCACCGUCGCCACCGAGAAGACCUCGAGCAGCGAGCAGCAACGAAACAGCUUCGCCGUGGCCGCGGAAACGUCGCUGAACCUGAACGCGAACCACCAGAUUUAUCAGUCGCCGAAUCAGUAUCAGUCGGCGUUCGGAAACAACUAUCCAAACAUCGAUCUGCAGAGGUCUGUCUCGCGACAGGAGCAACCGCAACAGCAGCAACAGGCACCGCAAGAGCGUUCCAGUUUCGCCGAUCUCACCGAGUCCCUGAACGCGCAAAAGUACGUUCAGCAGCGGUCGUUCCUCGGGAAAACGUCGUCAGGGGGCGAUCAGCUGUCGACUCAGGACCAAUCGCAGAUACUAGCAUUCCAACAGAACCUGUCGGCGCACGAGCAGCUCUACCCGAGCGGCUUCCAGACGUCCGGCUAUCCGAUGGCGAACUCGAGACCGGUCUAUCCCAGUCCGCACUACUUCGACGCCGGCACGAAGACCACCAGCAGCGGGUCGGGGAACAGCUCGACCAGCAGCAAUCUGCCGCCCGUGAAGAAACGCAUAUACAAUGAAUCGUCCACGGACGCGUCCCGUGGCCUGACGCAGGAAACCGCCACGAGGACCGGCCAGGAGCAGUUCGGUUUCGACCCGAUAAUGGCGUUGUCGCAGUCGGACGCGGUUUCCGCCAGCCAAUUCGACGCCGCGUUCGUUGGUAACCUGGCCGAUCCCGUGGCAACGAACAACGCGUACGCUCGUCUGGGUUUGGGCUUGGUGGGUCGCGCGAGCAAAGAGCAACAACAGCUGCUGACGAUCCCACGGCCGCCGGCCACCAAGUCGGAGCAUCUCGCGUACGCGCGAAGCCCAGCCGCGGGCGCCGCCGAGCUGGACCUGAACCUUUUGCAGAGCCUGCAGACGGCGGCCGCGAAGAACACGCAGGGCAUAUUGUCCAUAUCGCGCAGGUCCGGCGAUACGUUGCCCACGGGAUCCACGGCCGUGCCCGCCAAGACGAGAAAGAGCAGGAAGAGCAAGCAACAACAGCAACAGGAGCAACAGAACGUCGUGAACGUUUCGUCCGCGGUGAGCACGGAGCCGCAGUCCGCCACUGGUAUACCUGGCUUCCCCCAAUACACCGGCACGUCCGCGGAGUCGAUCAGUCUGAAGAACACCGGCAUGGUACCGCCAGCUGGAAGUGCCUUCAAUUUCGCUGCCUCGACCAGCACCACCACCAGCUCAGCCUUUUACGACAAGGACGCGACGGCCGCGGCGUUCGCGUUCCUGGACGAGUUUCGAAACCCGAACCGAUACUACAGCAUGGCGCUCAGGCAACAGCAACAGCCCCAGCAUCCGCCGGUCACGGACUCCGCGCAACAAGCCUGCAACAAGCUGAGCAAUCAGCCGCCGAGGAACUAUCCGCCACAUCCGUUUCUUCAUUCCGCUCAGAGAUCGGCGGCGUACGGACCGCCGGUGUCCGCGUACGUAACGCCCCACGGACCGAACUUAACAGUGGACCCAACCGCCUACCAACAGUACAUCCAUUCCCUCUACGCUCUUCAACCGCCGCCGCAUCAUCAUCGACAGUCCUGGCUUUAGCCGUUAAAAUCAUUGUAACGGAUGUCCGAACGUUUGUACGACGUAUUGCGGACGGGCAGACCCGUCCUUCGACGAGCAGGAGAAAAUAGCGUUUAGAACCGGGGAUAGACAUUAAACGGACGUGCAUCGGCUGAGGGUAUUAUCGACUUCAUCGUUCCAACUGGACCUGGGCACUUUCCAAGUAACGUUAUUUUAAAUACUAUUACGAGCAACGGCGUUAUCUUAUCGUUAUGAAUUUAUAGUCGCCGUGAUCGCACCGAUAUAGCUGGCUGUCUUUAAAUUGAUAAUCCAAACUUUCGGGUAUGUACACUACAGUAAUGCACGGUUUAUGCUUUAACUGAAAUCUUUACGGUUAAUUUUCCACUAUUCAUUCCCGCUAAUCUUUUCCAGCAGCAAAAGGAAGGAAACGAACAGAAAUAAAACGAAAAUUAACCGUGUAUUACUGUACCGCAGUAUACAUAGAAUCUCGAUUAUUGCACGAGAGCCUCGUUCGUUGCGUGGUGUCGACGGUGAAGGGAAUGCCACUAAGUAUCAAGAAAGGUCGGUGGAGAGAAAGUUACGCUUGGAUCAUAGCUACUGUGUGCAGAGACGAGAAGUUAACUAACAAUUUCUCAUCUCUGUACAAUACGAGGAUACACUGUGUUAGGCUACUUUUCAUUCGAUCGGUUACCUCGAUUAUUCCAAGAAUAUUCAGUUACAAUUUCCUGUAAUAAUCGAGGUUCUACCGUGCUUGUCAAUAGUUUCCGAGUUACAAGAACAAAUUUCUAUUUUGUCCCAGCAGAUCUUCAAAGUGUCUUCCACCUGUUCUCGUGCAUAAGCUGACAAAUCUUUCUAAAUUAGAAUCUAUUUUACUCUAGAAUUCAAUACUUUUCAAGUUAGCUUACUUUACCGUAAUAAAAUUUGUUUGCUAUUUUAGUUAUUAUGUUGAAUUUUGAAAAAAAUAAAAUUCUUUCUUAAAACUUGGAAACUGUUGAUUUCUAGACCCCACGUUUGCUAACAGUUUUUCAUUGAUUUUCUCGAGUAUUAUAUGUAUACCCAAAGUUUGGACGAUCAACUUUAUCGCACACUGUACAAAUGAAAUUUAACUGCUGCCUUUCCAUUGUAUUUUAUUAUCGUUGAAAAUUUAAACGUAAUGUUUCGACCCUUUACAGGUCUCCUUCGGAUGUUCUAAUACAUGUUUUUUAAAUGCCACGAAUUAGGCAUAACGUUUUCGCGUAUAAUUGGUUUUUAAUUCCGUGUAUUUGAUGCAAGUAUAUUGUAGAAUCCUGAUUGAGAAUAAAAAUAGAAAUAAAAAUAAAAAGAAACCAUUCUGUUAUCGAUUGUAACGCAUUUAUCCUUGAGACGGCACAAUUUAUUGCACCUAUGUCUUACUCGAGCCAUUUACUAAAAUACACGCAAACGAAGAUAAGAAAAUAUGUACUAGAACAUUUUAAAAGGACAUAAAGGAUCGAAAUAUUAUGUUUUAAUUUCUAUCGACGACAACAAAUCGCUAUUUUAUUUAAUAAUUGCAAUAAUUCUCGCUUAAUCUGAUAACAAAAUCUCUACUGAUCUUCGGAUACAGAUAACCGACGAUCCCGAUUUGUUUAACAUUAAACAAGAAAUUACUAUUUGUUAUUUUCAAAAUAUAUCUACGUGUUUCAUGAAAUAACUUUGAAAAUAAUAAUUCUAUACAAUAUCAAGGGAAUAAUGAUUUAUAGAAAUUAUAAAUAUUCAGGGUAUCGAACAAGUUCCUGUACAAACUUUGCUGGCAUAUUCUGCGACUAAAAAAUAAGAUAAAAUAGUUAUAUAUUUCGUUAAAAACGUAUUGAUCUUCUAUUUGCAAAAGACAAAUAAAUAUUUCGAUUACCAAGUGAAAAUUUAUUCGUUAUGGAAACAUUGAUAAUGUUAUUUCAAAGUUUAUUUGAAAUGUCUCAUUAAAAGUAACGUUGUGAGAAUCAAAAGACUGAAAUAUCAUUUCAAAUAGUUAUUUCUUAUUGCCAUUUCGAAUAAAAUUCUGUCCAGGUCUGGUUCUAACUUCGUCGUGGCUCGUUCUCCUUAUUCAGAACACGUAUAGGUUGUCUGCGCAAAGAGUUUUAGAAUAAAUGAUAGAAAAAUAACAGACGCGCGGUAAGUCCUCGUUAAAAAUUACAGAAUUGAGUCUGUUUGGAAAUUUUUUAACAAGUACGGUAGGUGAAAAAGUUUUGGUAGUACACAAUGAGUCUGCAAAUCCAUUCUUUUCUAGAUACGGCCGUAUUAAGUUUUAAUAUUUGCGUGUAGAAAUGCAUUUAAUGAUAACAACGUAUGGACGUCUGUCGCAUAGCAAUGGAGGCCAUUUUAAACGCCCUACCGCCAUAAUUUAUUCUGUUAAAAUAUUUGUUUCAAACUAUAUCCUAGAGGCAAAUGGAUUUACGGGCCCAUGUUUAUUAAGACUUUUUUUCUUAAUUUUCAAAUGUAACGUACGUCUGUUAUUUUUCUAACGUUUGUUUGGGUACAAUUUGUAUGACACGAGUACAAGAUUAAUUUAGAUAAAACUGUGUUUACUAGUGUUUUAUGAGUGCAUUUGAUACUUUGUACCUUUUUCCUGUUGUCAAUCGUAGUCGCAGUUUAACAGAAAUAAGCGAUAAUACAUUUAUAAAUGUUUCACUCGAACGCAGGCGGGUCGGUAUCGAUGACCGAUGGUCGAUAUGGCAGUGAAAGUAUUACAAGUUUCGCUCCAACGCCGCAAGAUGCGCUGUUCCCGAUUGUAAACACUAUUUCAUCUAACCAUGUUUCUCUGUGACCAUAAUCAGAAUUUUUUCUGUUAAAAAAACUAUCGGUGCCGUCGUUUUUUCUUGUUUAAAUCGUUUGACUCGAGGGACCGUUACAGUGCAUUAGCAACAUUAAUAUCUUUUUCAUUUUUAAAAAAAUGUAAUCGAUUUAUCGUUUCCCAAAUAUUCUUUUAUUUUACUUUUGUUAACGAAUUUUAUAAUUUUCCGAAGAGGAGGAAUCCCGGUACCGAAGUAAAGGAAUAGGGGAAAAUUCUGAUUACGAUAGUCCUCAAGAUCGUCGAAACAAGCACCGUAAACUCGUGAACGUCAAACAGUAAAGGGAGCGCAUAAAGUUGAUCGUUCGAUUCUCUUUCUUUCUUUCGAAAUAUUUUUUACUGAUUGACUAGCGAAUAACGGAUUUUUAAAGCUCUCUUUGGAAUUAGGGUGCCGGCCGUUGCACCGAAUUGUCUACACCCCUCCCUAUUUCACAUUUGUUUCCUUCCACUUCCCCUCCUUUUUCUUAUCAAAACGAUACGAAACUUUGACAUUUUUACACGAUUUAUCAGAAAAGAAGAGAUGUUUAGCUUUUAUUCGGUAAUCUACUAUGUAGUCAUAUGUACAUAAAGGAUAAGCCUACUUUGCGUAGGAAUUUUUGAUAGUUUUUCUAAUGGCUAGUCGACAACUUAGGCGUCAAGUUCAGUCGCUAGUGACCGGAAGUAACCUUCUAUCAAAAGUUCCUCUGUCUAUUACGCUCUUAUAGCGCCUCUAUUUCUCUAUCUCGAUGCAUCGAUCGAGAUGUGGAUUAUGCAAUAUUCGAUUUCUUAGCGAGAAGACGAUUAUAAUCCCCCUCGUGACAGCGCUCGUAAUUUUUAGCCUGUUGUGAAUGUUGUUUUCCUUUUUUAUGUUGAAAGAAACGGAAAAAAAGGAACAACAACUAGACGAUACGUAGGGUUAUACGUGAUUUCUAAAUUCGAAGGAUUUCUGUAUGAUAUCGAGCACACUGUUGCCGGUGUAUCUUAUGUAGAAUAUAUAGAUUCUUAUAGUAUGUAAGCUAGAUUUCGUUUCUUUGUAUAUAAAAUACAUAUCCUUCAUAGACGAUGUGCUCGAUGUAAAGAAAGAUCUGCAAUGUCAAAGACCUUGUAGAAUCGUCCGCGGUAGGUUACAAACGGGAUAAACGUAGGGAACUUAAAUGUGUGUACGUAUGUAUGGCUGGGUGUGUGCAUGUAUGUCUUGUGAAUAAAGACGAAAAAUUAAGUAUAAUACGCCGCAAUCAUACAUUAACCCACCUUAUUGCUAAAAAGAAUCGGAUGGAAGCGGUAU